AUGUCUGAGACCUCAGUAAAGCUAUCGACUCCCCAGACGGGCGAGUACGAGCAGCCCACCGGCCUCUUCAUCAACAACGAGUUCGUGAAGGGCGUCGACGGCAAGACUUUCGAGGUCAUUAACCCAUCCACCGAGGAGGUCAUCUGCAGUGUUGCAGAGGCCACUGAGAAGGAUGUUGACAUUGCUGUUGCUGCCGCACGUAAGGCUUUCAACGGCCCAUGGAGGAAGGAGACACCUGAGAACCGCGGAAAGCUUCUAGUCAAGCUUGCCGACCUCUUUGAGAAGAACGCCGACCUUCUCGCUGCCGUUGAGGCGCUUGAUAACGGCAAGGCCUUCGGCAUGGCCAGGAACGUCGAUCUUCCCGCUGCAGCUGGAUGCCUGCGAUACUACGGAGGAUGGGCCGACAAGAUCGAAGGCAAGGUUGUCGACACCACACCCGACACCUUCAACUACAUCCGCAAGGAGCCUAUUGGUGUCUGCGGUCAGAUCAUUCCCUGGAACUUCCCUAUUCUCAUGUGGUCCUGGAAGAUUGGCCCUGCUAUUGCUGCCGGUAACACGGUUGUCUUGAAGACAGCCGAGCAGACUCCCCUGUCCGCGUACGUUGCUUGCAAGCUCAUCAAGGAGGCUGGUUUCCCACCAGGCGUCAUCAACGUCAUCACAGGUUUCGGCAAGGUUGCCGGAGCUGCCAUUUCCGCGCACAUGGACGUUGAUAAGGUUGCCUUUACUGGUUCCACUGUUGUCGGCCGUCAAAUCAUGAAGGCUGCUGCUGGUUCCAACUUGAAGAAGGUUACUCUCGAGCUUGGAGGAAAGAGCCCCAACAUCGUCUUCGCUGAUGCCGAUUUGGACGAGGCCCUUAACUGGGUCAACUUUGGUAUCUACUUCAACCACGGCCAGACCUGCUGCGCUGGUUCGCGUGUCUAUGUCGAGGAGACCAUCUACGACAAGUUCAUUGAGCGAUUCAGGGAGCGCGCUUCCCAAAAUGCUGUUGGUGACCCAUUCGCCAAGGACACUUUCCAGGGCCCUCAAGUCUCAAAGCUUCAGUUUGACCGCAUCAUGAGCUACAUUGAGGAUGGUAAGAAGUCCGGUGCCACUGUCGAGACUGGUGGCAAGCGAAAGGGUGACAAGGGCUACUUCAUUGAGCCCACCAUCUUCUCCAACGUCACCGAGGACAUGAAGAUCCAAAAGGAAGAGAUUUUCGGCCCAGUAUGCACAAUUUCCAAGUUCAAGACCAAGGAAGAGGUCAUCAAGAUUGGCAACUCCACCACAUACGGUCUCGCUGCCGCCCUCCACACCAGCAACCUGAAGACUGCCAUCGAGGUUGCCAAUGCGCUCAAGGCCGGAACAGUGUGGGUCAACACAUACAACACUCUUCACUGGCAGCUGCCAUUCGGUGGUUACAAGGAGUCUGGUAUUGGCCGCGAGUUGGGUGAGUCGGCGCUCGAAAACUACAUCCAGACCAAGACGGUGUCGAUUCGUCUUGGUGACAUGCUUUUCGGUUAA